AAUGGAAUGAGGUGGCAGCCGGACCUCUCCAUCCUCUUGCCCCCACCCAAUCCCCCUCCCCUUGGCGGGCCCUCUCCCCGCCCUCGCCUCCGCCCCGCGCCUCCCGCUCUCACUGUUUAAAUCCCCCACAGGGAAGGUCAUACCUAGAUCUCCUGCAGCACCAAAAUGGCCCGCAAGCUCACCCCCUUCUUGGCGUUUUUGGGCGGCCUCUUCCUCUUGUUUCUCCUGGGCUUGCCCCCAGCCUUCGGUCAGAACAGCACCAGCGAGUACAGCGAUGAGGAGAAUCGUCCCAAGGGCGUCGAAAGUGCAGGACCCAGCAACACUGCGGGGUCGGUGGAAGGAAAGGUAGGCGUGUGCCCAAAGCUGCAGGAAGGCGACAGCUGCGAGGUGGAAUGUACCUCCGACAUGGACUGUUCCAACAACCUGAAGUGCUGCUCAGCCGGCUGCUCGUCCUUCUGCAAAAUCCCCAAUAAUAAGAUGGGGACCUGCCCUCAGAUUGACAGCAGCAUCUCUCAGCUCGGUUUGUGCCAUGACCAGUGUCGGGAAGACAGUGAGUGUUCUGACCAGCUCAAAUGCUGCCUCAAUGGCUGUGCAAAAAUGACCUGCACCACACCUCGCUUCUGAGGUGGGUGGGUGUCGUUGGACAAACUCAUGAGAGAAAGCUGCUCACUGACUGCUCUCCCAUCUUCCAGGCCCUGGGACCCCACGCUGAAUCAGACUCCUCCCCCUCUCCUGGACUUCAAACUUCCUCUCUGUGGCUGACCACUCCUAGCCAGCCCAUCAAUAAAAAGAUUGGUUCUUGCACAAACA